AUGCCCGUCUCGUCGCUCUCACUCGUCCUCGGCUCGCGGCACGAGCUCGACCCGAGGCUUCCGGCAAGCACCCUGAGCACGGUGGACCAGCAGCGGCAGCAGCGACAGCAGCAGCAGCAGCAGCAGCAGCAGCCUGCCAUUGUGCCAGCAUCAUCGCACACAUCGGUUGCGUCGUCGCUCGCAGAGUCGCUCGAGGACGAGCUGGAGAGCCGUGAGAAAGAAGCGCGCCCGACUUGCAUCCGGUUCCUGUUGAGCUCGCAGCUCGCCAUCGAGUGGGAUCUGGAGGCCAAGGGAGCGUGUGUUAUUGGACGCGCCAACGGGUGCUCAGUUCCGCUGGCUGCAGUGCCAACGGUGUCGGGGCGUCACGCGCGCAUCGAGCUCGACCCGGCGACGGGCGUCGUCUCUGUCACCGACCUCGGAUCGUCGAAUGGGACAUACGUCGACUCUGUACGGCUGGCCAAGAACGAGACGGUGGUCAUCGGGCCGAAAUCACUCGUUUUGCUCGCAGGCGCGGCUCCCGGGCGCGGUGUUGUCGUUGUUCGCCUCUCCUGCCACCAGAGUUGCGACGCUCGCAGCGCCAGCACCAGUGUCGGAUCGGCCCGGUACGAGCUGCGGCGCCAGCUCGGUGCCGGUGCGUUUGCGGUCGUGUACGAGGCGCGGCGGCAGAGUGAUGGCGCGGCGGUUGCUGUCAAGGCUGCGUCGCGGACCAAGUUCAACGACGCCACCAUGGCGCUCGCGGUUCGGACCGGCUUGCCGCCGCCCGACAUCGAGCUCGAGCACACGCUCCUCGCAGCGCUCGACUGUCCCCACAUUGUGAACGUACUUGAUGCCUACUCGGACGGCGACGCGUUUUGUGUCGUCCUCGAGCUUGCGCCGCUCGGUUCGCUCGCCGCAGUCGUCAAGGGCUACUCGGACAAGCGCCUCCCGCUUGCCGACACCGCUGUGGUUGUCGGGCAAAUGGUCGAGGCGCUUCGCUAUCUCCGCACCAAGCGCAUCAUCCACCGCGACGUCAAAGCCACCAACAUGCUCGUCUUUGCAUGCUCACCGCACUGGCGCAUCAAGCUGGCUGACUUUGGCAUGGCGGUCAAGCUCGGUUCGUCUGCAGACUUGCUCAUGACCAUGUGCGGCACACCAGCGUACGCCGCGCCCGAGAUGCUGGCCCUCCGCCGUAUUCCGUCCAACUCGAGCCAAGCGGCGAGCCCGGCCGCACCUGUCCUCUCCCGCCGCCGCGGCAGCUCGUCUGACUAUCUGCGCGGCUACUCGUUUCCCGUCGAUAUGUGGUCGCUCGGUGUGACGACAUAUUGGUGCCUUGCGGGCGACGUCCCGUUUGCGGGCGCCAAGCGGCUCAUGUUCUCGCAGAUCGCCACAGGCAAUUACUCGUUCUCCGGCCCGGCGUGGCCGCUUCCACGCACCGCUGUGGCGCAGGCCUUUGUCGCUUCGCUUCUUGAAGUCGAUGUGCUCAAGCGGCUCACGCCGCGGCUAGCACUCCGUCAUCCGUUCCUCCGCCGCCCGCGCCCUCCCACCCACCCGACAUGUGCCCCGCCGCAACCGCUGAGCUCGUUUUCCGACCUCGCCGAUGCCGUCCUAAGCUACCUUCUCUCGUUUCUGCCGCCUGCUGACGUGCUGCGAGUGGCCUCGGUCUCGAAAGCCACCGCCCGGGUGGUCGGUUCGAGCGAUGCGCUCUGGAGAGUCCUGCUGCGUGUCGCGUGGGCCGACGCCCGUACCUACUGGGCGGGUGGACUCCUUCCUCCCGCGCCACCCGAGCUGCCGUGUGCAGCGACCAGCCGUCGCGCUGUCAUGAGCCUUCUCCGCCUGAGAGCAUCGUUCAACUCGCUCCUCGCAGCCGCCUCGGGCACCAUGAUCGACGCCGAAAGCCUCGCCCGGGUCGUGACAGGCGGUCUACGGUGA